AGGAUAUAGAUCUGAUAAAUUCAAAAUUGUUACAAUACGUUUUACCAUUGAAGCAUAUAAACAGUACAAGUUUUCAUCCGCGGGAGGACGCGAUAUCUGUAGUUUGAUAUCAUACAACCAAAAGAAAGAAAAAGAAGGUUAAAAAGAGAGAGAGUGAUAGAACUAGUCAAGAAGAGACACUGAACCGUGGGAAAAGCUUGAUGAGAGCAAGAAAGAGAGAAAGAUAAUGAACAAGCGGCGCAUGCCGUAGCCACGGCCCCCAACUUGCUCUAAACUCGUGCAGCCUGUCGCUGUCGGUCGAAUUUUAAUGGCGGCUCAUUCUGAUUUCAUGUUUAGUGUUAUUAUCAAGUGACGGUAUUUGUAUUUUUUAUGUAUUAUUAAAGAGAACAAUAGCAAAUUCUAUUGAAUUUCGAGUGUAUGAUAUUUCAUGAUUUGAAGAUUGUAUCGGAAAUUCGUAUCAAAGACAGUGCAUAUUCGUGAUGUGUAGCGACUCUAGCGCACGAACAUUCCAUCGUGUAGUCGUAUUAUACAUUUUGUCUUUUUCAUGAAAAAGUGGUUGUAUGUGACAAAUUGAAGUGGAUUGGUUUUAUUUUAUACAUUACAUAUACUGAUAUAUAUAUAUAUAUUAUAUAUAUAUAGAUAUAGAUAUAUAUAUAUAUAUAUAUAUAUAUAUAUAGAAGAAAAAUUACACGAGCAAAUUAAUGGUCAUAUCAGAUCGAACGAAUCGAAGCUGCAAACUUUUCUCAGCUUGAAGACAAUUAUUGAUAAGUAAUAGAAUAUUCUUGUCUUUGUGUAAAGACACUGGCUCUAACUGUCAAGUGCAGCUAUGCUGCUUACACUAAUGAAGGGCGGUGCGUGCAACGAAGUUACUCAAAAAGUGUGGAGCCAUCUGCCCUAGCCUGACAUCGACGAAAUGUUUUAGUAUCGAAAUCGAAGUGCCAGGCAAUGUGCAUCAUGUCGGUGCCUGGAUACAUAUACAACUGGUAGUACUGUACGAUACUAGCCUUCUUCAGUGGGAUAUAUACCCUUAUUAUACUUUCUAAGCUUCCUACCCUAAACUUGUAUAUGCACAAACGCACACGCAUAGCGUGUGCGCAUGUGCUUUAUCAACUUUUGCCUACACAUCAUGAGAUUCUUGGGAUUUAUAUCAUUUCCCAUUUCGGCUACUGUGUUAUCUUUUAAAUUGCUGUUACCACUUCAUCGAUUAUUCUUUUCAUCCAUGUCUGUUGCCACUUGGUUUCUGUUGGUAUUGGUAACUGCAGCCAUAGAUACACCUGCUAGUACUGUUCCAUCUGUGCAAGAAAAUAGAUCUUUACAUAUUAUAACACAGUUUCCUAUGGGAGAUAGUCAGAGAUAUGGAUUUUAUCCUUUAGAUCCAAAUACAACGAGAGAAGGUGCCCUUCGAUUUAAUCACCUUACUAUAGAUCCUGUAACAGGAAGAUUAUAUGCAGGUGCCAUCAAUAGACUUUUACAAUUAGAUUCUAAUCUCAGACUGGAGGAAUAUGUUUCAACAGGACCAAGAUUGGAUAACCCUCAGUGCCAUGCAACAGGCUGUCCUUCUAGAGAUAUAACUACAUCUUUAAUGGAUAAUGUAAACAAACUAUUAAUUGCUGAUCUUGAAUCACAAACAUUAAUUGCAUGUGGUUCCCUUCUUCAAGGUGCUUGUGAAAAGUACAAAAUGUCAAACAUAUCUAUUAAACCGGAGUUCAUUCCUCAUAGUGUAGCAGCAAAUGAUGAAAAUUCUUCUACGUAUGCUUUUAUUGGACCUGAAAGAUACAAUGCUUGGGGACAAACAAAUAUACUUUAUGUUGGUACUACAUUUACUAAUAGAGGAGAUUACAGACACGAUGUGCCUGCUAUUUCCAGUAGAAAUCUUCAUAAUUUAGAAUUUGCAGAAUAUACAUUUAAUAAACAGUCGAUUGUAUACAUCGAUGUAAAAUAUCGAGAUCAUUUUUUAGUUAAAUAUGUGUAUGGUUUCAAUGCCAGCGAUUAUGCGUAUUUCGUAUUGGUACAAAAGCAAUCUCAUCUUCCUGAGGAAGAGGAAAAGGGUUAUAUUUCUAGAUUGGCUCGGAGUUGUAUCAGUGAUCCAAAUUAUGAUAGUUAUACAGAAGUGACACUACAAUGUACUGUCGAUUUAGGAGAUGGGAAACCACAGUUUUAUAAUUUAGUACAAGAUGCAAAAGUAGCACCAGCUGGUAGUGAUAUAGCUACACAACUUGGUAUUUCAGUUGGUGAUCCUAUUUUUGUUUCUGUAUUUUCGCCAAGUAGAGGGAUUACAAAUGAACCACUUUCUCGCUCAGCACUUUGUGUUUAUAGUUUACAAAAUAUUGAAACAAAAUUCACUGAAAAUAUUCAUAUGUGUUUUAAUGGUAGUACUAAAUACAGAAAUAUGGGCUAUGUCAGUGGUCCUAUACAAGAUGGAAAAUGUCCCACAGCAGGAACAACAGGAAAUAUCUUGAAUUUCUGUGAAGUGGGUUUGAAGAUUUCUGGAAUGUCGCCAAUUGUGGGAGAAGCAAUUUUAUAUUUUCCCGACGAAUUCAUCACUUCUGUAACAAUAGCUAAUACAGAAAGUCACACCGUUGCAUUCUUAGGUACUAAUGAUGGCGUCCUCAAAAAAGUUUUACUUUCUGGAAACGAAGCAUUCGUCUAUGAAAGCAUUAUAAUUGAUAAAGGAAAUAGAUUGAUGCCCGAUACUUUAAUUUCACCAGAUGGAGAACAUAUUUACGUUUUAUCAACUUCUAAAAUUUCUAAGGUUCAAGUGGAGCAUUGCAGUAGUUAUAUUAAUUGUAGUAGUUGUUUAGAUGCAAAAGAUCCUUAUUGUGGAUGGUGUUCAUUAGAGAAAAGAUGUACAGUCAGAGGAGAUUGUCAGAAAGCAAGUCACAGUAGUCCAAGGUGGUUGUCUUUAGGUACAGGACAACAAUGUAUUGACUUUGAGCAAGUUCUUCCAGAUCGUAUGCCUAUCAAUCAAAUGACCACAGUUCAUUUAACAAUUCGAACUUUACCCGAAUUACCAGCGGGAGCGAACUAUAAAUGCGUUUUUGGUAACGCAGAACCUAUAGAUGCAUUAAUGACCGGAUUUGGAUUAUCAUGUCCUACACCAUCUGUUAUUGAAAGACCAAAUAUACCAGACGGAGCCGAUCAUGUUCUAGUACCUUUAUCCGUGCGUUCUAGUGAAACUAAUAAAGAUUUUGUCUCACGAAAUUUCGCAUUCUUUGAUUGCUCUAGACAUACUGUUUGUACAGAAUGUGUAAAAUCUCAAUGGGCAUGUAGUUGGUGUGUAUAUGAUAAUAAAUGUACACACAAUACAAGCUGUCAAGGUAUCAUUUCAGGAGAAAACAAUCAAGCGAAUUUGGCCGCGCAUGGUGCACAGUACUGUCCCAGAUUUGUGCAACGCGAAGAACCAUUGAUGUUACCUAAUAGUGUACCUAAAGAGAUAAUGCUUGAAGUUGAAAAUUUACCACAUCCCCAAGUAGGACACACUGGUUUUCAAUGCAUCGUUUCUAUUGAAGGUGCCAAUUUAAAGGUACAAGCUCGUGUUGAUAGCAGUCGUUUUAUAGUUUGUGAUAAAACGGUUUAUUCGUACGAAGCAGCCACUGGUGAAUAUGAAGCAGAAAUAACUGUUGUUUGGAAUAUUAACCAUCACGUGGAUAAAACUACUAUUGUUCUUUAUAAAUGUGAAGUGUUAGGUUCGCAUCGUGAACAUGCAGAUUGUUCCCUUUGCGUGACCAGAGAUGCACGCUUCGAAUGUACUUGGUGUGGUAAUAGUUGUGUGUAUCGACAUUCUUGUUUACACUCCCCAUUUACAGAGUGCCCAAAACCGAGGAUAGAUAUGAUUAAACCUUUAAGUGGACCGAUCGAAGGUGGUACAUUAGUCACUAUUGAAGGUAGUAAUCUAGGGCUAAAAGAAAGUGAUGUGGAUGGAAAAAUACAUAUUGGUAAUACUCCAUGCAUAUUAGUUGACUAUGAAGUAUCUGUACGCAUUGUAUGCCGUACUGGAAGACACGAAGCAACAGAUACUGCUUCUGUAGUUGUUGGUAAUGAUGCUGGAUAUACUGAAAGUGCAGUAUUAUUUAAUUAUAAAGAUAUAAGAUUAUCUGGUGUUUAUCCAUCUGUUGGUCCACAAAGUGGUGGGACUCAACUUGCUAUUACUGGAAUGUAUUUGAACAUUGGUAGUACUAUUUCAGCUUAUUUGGAUGAAUUACCGUGCCAUGUUAAUGCCACGCAAGCGAGCAGCACAAGAUUAACUUGUGUAACAAGUAAAUCUGACAGAGUAAGAAAAAUUGACAGACUGACUCUUAGUAUAGAUGGUGCAAAUCGCACCUUAGUUGGUAAUCCUUAUAAUUACACUCACGAUCCUACUAUUAUGGAGAUUAAGCCACUAACAAGUUUUGCUUCCGGUGGUCGUAUGAUUACCGUACAUGGUACCAAUUUAGAUACAAUUCAAAAACCUGAAAUGGAGGUUUACUUUGAUAAUGAAUUGCUACCUGUGAAUAGAACAAUUUGUACAGUAUUAAAUCCGACACAGAUGGAAUGUCCAAGUCCAAGCGUUGCUAAGCGUUUUAUGACUCUUCGUCGCAAUGAGCGUGCUACUGUUAAUGGUCAAAGUACACCAUCUCAGUCAUUAAAAUUAAAAGAAUCUCAGUUAUCCUUAAAAAUAGCAUUCAUUAUGGAUAAUGUAGAAAGUGUUCGAGAUUUGGAAAAACAUUUUAAAAGUCUUAGAAAUCGUUUACUUUAUGUGGAAGAUCCGAAAUUCUUCGCCUUUCCACGGAACAUCAAAUUAUAUAAAGGAGAUACAUUAGUUAUUGAAGGAGAAAAUUUGAUUUUUGCUAGUGAUGAAUCAGAUGUAAAUGUCACAGUUGGAACAAUGCCAUGUAAUGUGACAUCACUUGCUUUAACUCAAUUAGUUUGCAUUCCUCCUGAUCAACAACCAUCUGAUACAGACGAACUCGGAAUUAAAACUGAAAAUAAUCUACCUUUAGUAGUAGUACGUGUAGGUCGUAGUCUGAGGUUUCCUAUUGGUUAUCUGCAUUAUGAAGUGAUUAAAUCUUAUCCAAUUCCACCGGAAGCCAUUGCUGGAAUAGCUGCUGGCACUUUUGGUCUUGUAUUUUUAUUUGUUUUAGUGUUAAUAAUAUAUAGAAGAAAAAGCACACAAGCAGAAAGAGAAUAUAAAAGAAUACAAAUACAGAUGGAUACUCUAGAAAGCAAUGUUAGAAUGGAAUGCAAACAGGCAUUUGCAGAAUUACAGACUGAUAUGACUGAUUUAACUGCAGAUUUGGAAUCAUCUGGUAUUCCAACUCUAGAUCACAAGAAUUACAUCAUGAAAGUAUUUUUUCCUGGUGUUACACAUCAUCCCAUAUUAAAUGAUCCUAGAUCGCGUAGUAAUAUAUCUCGAACAAAUUAUGACGCUGCCAUGAUCCAGUUUGAACAGUUAAUUAAUAAUAAAUACUUUGUAUUAACUUUUAUUGAAACUUUAGAGGCUCAAAAAGACUUUAAUAUUAGAGAUAAAGUGAACGUUGCAUCAUUACUUAUGGUCGUCCUGAUGGGUAAGAUGGAAUAUGCAACUGACAUACUUAUGAAUCUUUUAUUAAGACUUAUUGAGAAGGCGGUAAAUACGAAACAUCCGCAAUUAAUGCUUCGAAGAACUGAAUCUGUGGUAGAAAAAAUGUUAACGAAUUGGAUGGCACUUUGUAUGUAUAAUUAUCUUAAAGAUUAUGCAGGUUCCUCUCUAUUUUUAUUAUUCAAGGCAAUAAAACAUCAAAUAGAAAAAGGUCCCGUGGACGUAAUUACACAUGAUGCUAGAUAUUCGUUAUCUGAAGAGAGACUGCUUCGUGAACAAAUUGAACAUAGUGUAGUUACUCUUCAUGUCGUCCAAGAUGAUCUCGAUGAAAAAAUUCAAUGUAAGGUAUUAGAUUGUGAUACUAUAAAUCAAGUGAAGUCCAAGAUUUUAGAUGCUCUCUACAAAAAUACUCCUUUUUCGCUGAGGCCGUCCGUUCAUGACGUAGAUUUGGAAUGGAGACACGGUAGAGGCGGUCAUUUAACUCUUCAAGAUGAAGAUCUCACAACAAAAUGUAGCGGCGAGUGGAAAAAAAUAAAUACACUGGCACAUUAUGGUGUCAAGGAAUCAGCAGUAAUGUCAUUAAUUCCUAGACAGAAUGAUAGUUUUUCUGUCGCCUGUAAACCACCAUGUCACAAUUGCAAACCAUCGCAUUAUCAUCAUCAACAACAAUCUAUUCAUCAUACCCAUCAUCACCAUUUGCAUCGUCAUGCAAAUCAUUGUUCGUCCACACAUCUUCCAUCCACACCUAAUCACAACUUAAUUACUCCUGUAAUGUAUAAUCAUCCAGUCAGUGGUUUAUACUUCGAAUCUCAUUCACCACCGAUUAUAACAGCAAACGGUGACGUAGAAAGUGGUCAUGGUGGUAAUCAACGAUUAUAUCAUUUGGUAAGGCCUAUAGAAGAAAGUCAUUAUCCGCCAGGUAUGGGUUUUACUGGUAGCAAGCAUCAUCAUCCGGAACGAACACACAAAGCUAUCCCUGAAAUAUUUUUAACAAGAUUAUUAUCGACGAAGGGUACUGUUCAGAAAUUCGUUGACGAUUUUUUGAAUACAAUAUUAACAGCGAAUGAAGCAUUACCUAGUGCUGUAAAGUGGUUGUUCGAUCUUUUGGACGAUGCCGCGAAGCAACAUGGAAUUGUUGAUCCGGAAGUGCCACAUGCAUGGAAAUCGAACAGUUUACCUCUAAGAUUUUGGGUGAAUUUUAUUAAGAAUCCAGACUUCAUGUUUGAUAUUAAUAAAUCAACUACGGUUGACUCAAGUCUAUCCGUGAUCGCACAAACAUUCAUGGAUUCCUGUUCAAUGACGGAGCAUAGACUUGGAAAGGACUCACCGUCGAAUAAAUUACUUUUUGCUAAAGACAUACCACAUUAUCGAGAAAAAGUAGGUCGUUUUUACACAGAUGUACAAAGACUGCCACAAAUCACUGAUCAAGAAAUGUCUAGUGCCAUGCAACAACUAAGUGCAUCACAUGCGAACGAAUUUGAUGUGAUCGCAGCACUGAAAGAACUUUAUAUCUAUGUCAGCAAAUAUUAUGAACAAAUCCUAGAGGCCUUGGAGACAGACGCGGGCUGUCGCAAAUUACAUCUAGCUCACAGGCUAGAAAAUGUGGCGUGCACACUUGAAGGAGAGGAAACCAGUGCCUGCUGACAUAACCUUCUCAUUGCCAUCCCAGGACCCGUCAAUCUCUCCAGAAAUACUGAUUAGUGCCUCCAUUUCAUGCAUCAGAUACACCUCGUUACAUAUGUACAAAUCUACAUCAUGUGAAUAACAAUGCCGUAAAAAAAUUUGUGCGAUUUCGUUAAGGCUAGUCAGGCGAUAGUUUUUCUCAGGAUAACUUAUCCUGAUUGUAGUAUUUACGUCUAUAUGUCAUAGCCGUAUCGAAAUACGCUCGUAAACACGUAUAGAUAUUAGUAAAAUGAUAAAAGGAAAAAUGACUUUAUCCUUUAAAUUAGAUUUUUUUAUUAAUGUUAUAUAUUUCAUUUAUUUUAAUAUAUAUAUAUAUAUAUAUAUAUAUAUUUUCUUUAUGUUUAGUCAACAUUUUUUUGGCAUUUUUUUAGCAUAAUAUAAUAAAAAAAAAUAUUUUAAAUAAAAAUUUAUCAGUUUCUGAUUGGAUGUAUAAAAAUAUUAACAUGUUUUUUUUACAUAAAAUAACCAAAAUAGUCAAAUGACAUAUUUUUAAUAUUACAAUAAAUUUAAUCUAAAAUCUAGUAUAUUGUGGCCUUAAGAUAAUUAUAUAUAUUAUUAAUAAAUAAUAUUAUUAAAUAAAUCCAACAGUAUCAACAAAAUUGUAAUUAUUAUAUAUAUUUAAAACAAUACUUAAAUGAAAUACUUAAUUAAAAUGAAAAUUAAUAUUAGAAAAAACCUCUGGAAAUAUAAAAUAUAUGUAUGUAAUGGAAUAUAUAUCAAAAUGCUUUAUUUGAGAUGACAAUUAAAAGUGUAAUGCACAGAUUAUAUAGAAGAUGAAUUACAAUUUGAAAAUAGAUUAUAAAAAUUUAUUGUAUUUAUCAUAUUACUUAUUAUUACUUAUUUAUUUCGUUUAUAUGUUCUGUUAACAUUGAUGUUUAUAAAUUUUGUUACAAAUUUCCUAUUAUUUUAAUUAUAUAAAUAUAAUUAUUGUUACUGUUGGAUUUAUUUAAUAAUAUUAUUUUAAAUAUGUAAUUUAAUUUAAAUAAAUAAUUUUCCAUUAAUAUACAUUUGUGUUGAUUAGACUUAAAUUUUUAAAUUCAAGGUCAUAGUUGUAUUUAUGUUGUUAAUUAUAAUUUUGUUAUAUCUCAUGAUCAUGAAUAUGCAACAAUUUUUUAUGAAAACAAAUUUUUGAAAAUUUUAAAUAUAUUAAUAUGUAACAUAACUGAUCAGAAACUGAAAAAUUUUUAUCUAUAACAUUUUUUUAUCAUAUUAUCAGAAAUGCCUGAAAAAUUCUAACUAAAAAUAUAUAAAGAAUAUAUCUUAUAGAAUGUUAAUAUAUUCGUGAAAUAGAAUUUUUGAAAGGUUGAUUCUAAAGAUCAAAACAAAAUUAAUUUACAAAAAUGUUGAAAAUGUGAGACAUGAAUAUAGUACAAUGAUGUAAUAGAAAUAGAGCAGUUUUUUUUUUUAUUUCUUUAUUUUAUUUUUAAUUCACUAAUAUAAAUUUUAAUUGCUUAUAAUUUAAUAAAUAAAUCUUAAUCAAUAUUUUUGCAAUUAAUUUUCGUAAUAUUUAAUCUUUAAAGUUAACUUUUUUAAAAUAUUAAUAUAACGAAUAAAUUAACAAUCUAUAUAUAUAAUUUUAUAUAUAUAUAUAUAUAUAUAUAUAUAUAUAUAUAUAUAUAAUUUAAUAUUUGUAAGAAAUUAUAAAAAAAUAAUAAAGAAUCUCAAUGCAAUCAGUAAAAUUUCCAUUAAAUAAAAAAUUAAAUAAAAAACGUAAUUUGUCAUAUAAUAAAAAGUAUAUCUUUUCAAUGAUGUAACUAAAUAUUAAUAUUAAUUUAAUCAUUGCAUUUAAGAUUUGAAAUGCAAAAUUCAUGUAAAAUAUUUAUAACAAAGAAAAAAAAAGUAAAGAAAAUUAAUGUUUUCAUUUUUAUUGUUGGCCAAAUGUCUGUACGUGUAUACGUAAUAUAUAUAACAGGAAAAGAAUAUAAUGUGUAAAAAUUUAAGUGAGAAAAAAGCCAUAGUGUCCAUCAGACUGUCUGUACAAAAGAAGUACGGCAGCAAGUAGUCUGUGAUCCGAACACAAGUGGCUAUGCCUACUAUCUUCAUUAUGAUAUAUAUUAUUAAUAUGUUAUAUAUUAUAUAUAUAUAUACAUAAAAAAUGUGUAAAGCAAAGAUCACAACAUACAUCUUCAUGGAUUAUAGUGAGCUAGUUAGAGAGGAUCUAUAUAUGUAUUAUAAUAUAUAAUUGAGAGUGAAAAAUUCUUUCAAAGAUGACAAAAGAAUGAAUGUGUGAGAGAAAGAGAGAGAGAGAGAGAGAGAGAGAGAGAGAGAGAGAGAGAGAGAGAGAGAGAGAGAGAGAGAGAGAGAGAGAGAGAGAGAGAGAGAGAGAGAGAGAGAGAGAGAGAGAGAGAGAGAGAACAA